AUGCGAAUCGCUAUAUUACUAUUUCUCAUAUUCUACGAUAUUGUAUAUACCGAUGAAGUCAGUGAUGUUGAAGAAGAGGGUUCAGGUCGAACUGUUCUGGCUGAUUGGAUUGUCGGCAUUCUUAUGAUGAUUGUUUCAUUGGCGUGCGCCAUAGCUUAUUAUAUUAUAUUAUCGAUUAUUUAUCGCGAUCCGGAGCUGAUGAGAAUGGCGAGCUAUAGAUUCAUGUUUUUCCUAGGCGUUUUCGAUAUUAUUCAAUGCUUUCCGCAUUUUGUCACCGGCAUUUUCAAUUGUUUCCAAACGGUUGGCCAUCCAUAUUUGGCAAAGGCGAUGGGUGUUAUUGCGACACCAUGCUACGUGGCAUACGCUGUUCUCAUCAUAUUUCUAUCAUUGAAUCGUUUGAUUCAAUUGACAUCGAGUCGAUUGAAUUCGGCGCUUUAUGGCGGGAAAAAAUGGAUGGCAUGGAUUGGCAUUGCUUUUGGAUUCUGUUUUGCUUUUAUGAUCGCUCUGGCGAGCCCAUAUGCAACAAUUCGAUACAUUCCGGAAUGGUACAGCUGGGAUUAUGACACUGACUACAUUUAUUCGAAAUACGUGCAACGAGUUGAAAUGUACAUCGAAGUCGGUGGAAUAUUCGUCUCUGCGUUCUUUUACCUCCUCAUUGUUAUUCAACUAAUCAAAACUAGGAAACGAUUCAAAAUCUCAUCCAACUUCAACGCUGAAAUCAAAGUUUUGAUUCAGGCUAGCGUUAUCACAGUGUACUGCACAAUUCUCAACAUAUUCUGGCACAAUUAUGAGGCGCUUCUUCCGAUGAAUCUUUGGACGUACACAGCCCUUAAUUUUAUGUGGAUAUUAAACAGCGGAGUUUACCCGCUGAUUUAUUUCAUUGUAAAUAAGGCGUUACGCAAAAAGAUCGUUGUGAGAAACACGAUGACCGCCAUUGGUGGCACUUCGAUGUUUGUGAGGAAUCGUGAGAAACAUGGUACUAGAAAUACAAUAACUACGAUAGCAUAG